AUGAAGUUCUCCAGCAUUGUCUUCCUCCCACUUCUGGCCGGCGCGGUUUCGGCUGCUGCUAUUCCAGCUCCUGCUGUCCUCGCCGAGGUCGCCGUCCGUGAGGCUAGCCCUCCCCACAAGACUGCACCUUUCAAGGAACGUGAGGCCAGUCCUCCUCACAAGACCGCACCUUUCAAGGAGCGCGAAGCAAGCCCACCCCACAAGACGGCACCAUUCAAGCGCAGUCCUCCACACAAGACUGCCCCGUUUAAGAGGGACGCUGUGGAAGCUCCUUGGAAGCGUAGCCCACCCCACAAGACUGCUCCCUUCAAGCGGGAGGCUAGCCCCCCUCACAAAACUGCUCCUUUUAAGGAGCGCGAGGCUAGUCCCCCUCACAAGACUGCCCCCUUCAAGAGGGACCCCAGCCCUCCCCACAAGACCGCACCAUUCAAGCGUGAGGACUAG